GCGCGGCCUCCCCCCGCCUCUUCCGCGCUGUGCGCACGCGGGGCGGUGGGCGGGGCUCCGGCCGGGCUUUGGCGCGAGAUUCUAUCCCGGUGCUGGCGGGAGCUUACGCCGCCGCUGCCGCGCGCGAGGUUGGCUGAGGCCCCGCGCUUUUCCUUGGGAAUCAUGAACACCCGGCAGCAAAGCAAAAUUAUCCACUCCUGGUGUGGAAGACCCAUGUGCUUAGACAGGAAACUCAGGACUUCCCAGUACAAGGGAAUCCUUAUUACAUCAGAAAGCAGUGGAACAGAAACCUGUGUACAGCUUGGUGACUUCGUUUUAGUAGAAGGAGAGAAUGCAGAUCAACCUUUUGUGGCACAAAUCCUGAAUUUAUAUGAAGAUGGUUCUCAGAAUAAACAUGCAGUUGUGCAGUGGUUCUCUCAUAUUACAGAGAUACCUCAGAAUAAACGGAGGCUGCUUAAAAGAAAGGUGUCUCCCCAAGAGGUUUUUUUUGAUAAAGUUCCUGGCUAUGACACUGAUAUACCUGUGGAGACCAUUAUUAAAAGGACCACGGUAAUACCGCUACAUCUGGAAGAGGAACUACCUAUUACACUAAACAAGAAACAAACUUUCUGUGUAAAACAGUCUUGGGAUGGAAAAGGCUUUAAGACUUUGUCCUCUGACACAUUCCUUAAGCUGAAAGAAGCUAGCAAGAAAGGAGGUAACAGCCCAAACUCUUCAAGCUCAUUUACUCCUUCAGGCAUCGUUUCCCUCCUGAAAAAAGAGACAGAGAGCGUUGUUCAGAGUGCCACAAAAAAUGAUGAGUUGGAAGUACAAUCAAAACGUGGCGAUUCAAAGUCCUCCGUCAGGAAGAAGGGAUGUUCACAAGGAGUGGCUAAUAGCACCAGAACUCUAACAGCAAGGAAGAAGUUACAGUUAAAUGGUCCCACACAAUCUCUUAACAGCAGGCUCAUGGGAUGUGAAAUUUUGAAACUUCUGGAUGACGACUGUGGUGCUAUAGCACCGUUAGAACCAUCAGCUGCUAAAAGAAAAGUGAGAAUCACUGGCGGUUUAGGCUCACCACCAAAAAUGCCUCGCACCGAUGAUAAGUCAGAGUCAGGUUUUGCUACUGAAGAGCGGUGGUUUAGUGAUACAGUACAACUAUCAUCCUAUGCUAAGGUCAAAUACUCCAGUGGGAAAGCCGGGGAUCUUCCUGUGAAAAAUGGUACUAUAGCUUUCACUGAAUAUUUGGCACAGAAUUGUCAGAACCUUCUACUGAUCCCUCGUUCUCGUAGAAUAUGUGCACAGAAAACAUAUGCUCGUAUUUCAGAGCAAAUCAGCGUAUUAAAUAAACUAGAGAAAAAGGAUUUUCUGACUAGCUCAGAUGGCUCUGACUCUUCAAGUAGUGAGGAAGAGGAGAAUGAUGUGCUCUGUACACUAGAAAAGAAAACCAAAUUAAGCAGAACAUGCAGCACCCCAAAAUCUUCAAGGAAGUCUUCAGUUCACACUCCUGCUAAGACUCUGGAAAAAACUAAGCCUUUACCAGGAACACCCAAGACACCCCAGAAUGCAACUCCUGAAAUUCCCAGGCGCAGCUGUGAAGCACAGAAACCAGUUACUAUACUAGAAAAAGCCAGAUUAAGGUUGCAUGUUUCUGCUAUCCCAGAAUCUCUGCCUUGUCGUGAGGAAGAAUUCCAGGAUAUCUAUAACUUUGUGGAAAGUAAACUUAUUGAUGGUACAGGAGGGUGCAUGUACAUAUCUGGAGUGCCUGGAACAGGUAAAACUGCAACUGUUCAUGAAGUAAUUCACUGUCUUCAGCAAGCUGCAGAAAAUGAUGACAUACCAUCAUUCCAGUUUGCAGAGAUCAAUGGCAUGAAGCUGACUGACCCUCACCAAGCUUAUGUGCAGAUACUACAGUUACUGACAGGUCAGAAGGUGACAGCAACCCAUGCUGCAGUACUAUUGGAAAAACUGUUCUGUACACCCGGACCAAAGAAGAAGACCACAGUGCUGAUAGUGGAUGAGCUUGAUCUUCUGUGGACCCGGAAGCAGAAUGUGAUGUACAAUUUAUUUGACUGGCCAACUCGGAAGCACUCAAAGUUAAUCAUCUUGGCCAUUGCUAACACCAUGGACUUGCCGGAGAGAAUAAUGAUGAACAGAGUAUCUAGCAGGCUGGGCCUCACCAGAAUGUCCUUUCAGCCUUACACCUACAAACAGUUACAGCAAAUUAUUUCAUCCAGGCUGAACAACUUGAAGGCAUUUGAAGAGGAUGCAAUUCAGCUGGUUUCCAGAAAGGUUGCAGCACUGUCUGGUGAUGCAAGGCGUUGCCUUGAUAUCUGCAGAAGGGCCACUGAGAUAUGUGAGUUUGCUAGCCGAAAGAGAACCCAGGAAAUAGUCAGGAUGGCCCACAUUACUGAAGCCAUAGAUGAAAUGUUUUCAUCACCAUAUAUAAAUGUAAUCAGGAAUGCCUCGUUGCAUGAACAAAUAUUUCUGAAAGCAGUUUUGGCAGAGUUUCGCAGGGCAGGAGUUGAGGAGGCAACAGUUCAAGAGAUCUAUCGUCAACACAUAGCGCUGUGUAGAAUGGAAGGCAGGCAAAGCCCCACGCUGUCAGGAGUGAUGGCAAUUUGUUCAAGACUUGGAGCCUGCAGGCUGCUGCUGCUGGAGUCGAGUAAAAAGUAUCUUCAUAUGCGGGUGCGACUGAAUAUCAGCCAGGACGACAUCAUGUAUGCACUCAAGGAUGAAUAGAGAUUUUAAUUAUUUUUAAUAUGUAUAAAUAUUUUAAGUGUUGCCAACUUUUUAAUUGUCAAUGAAAUGAUAAUAGCAGAAUGUUGGUGGGUUUUUUAACACUAAGUUUAAAUGUUUGGUGUAUAAAGCAGUUGUUAUAAUAAAGCAUUUUAUUUCAUAUACCUAAAAUACUUUAAAGCAAACUUAUAAAGAGAUAUUUUUAUGAGCUGGUAACUAGUUUCCUUUCAGCUGAGGUGUAUGGACUUGAAAUUGAUUAUUUGCAUCACUCCUCAUGCUAAGGAGCUUUGUGUUUUGUUUUGUUGGGUUUUUUUGUUUUUUGUUAAGACUAGUAGUGUCUUUGUGGCAUUGGAGUUUGUGCAGCUUUUCUCCAUUGACGUUUGUUGAGUAUUAAAGACAUAAAGCGAUGUGCUUAAAUUUA